UGUUGGAUAUUAUCGUUCGAACCGGAUCGUUUAUUUCAUUUUUUAACAAAAACAUAUUGUUUAGUUUUCAAUUUGGUUUUUUCAUCGAAUUUUUACAAUUUUUCGCUUUUAGUAAUGUAAAGUUUGUUAGGGCCACUUGAAGUUAGGUAAGUAGUAACACAGUAACAGCAACAUCUAAAAAAAUCUGAAAGAAAACAAGAAAUAAAAGUUCUAUUUUGCCUUUAUUUUCCUGAUCAUAAAAAGAUGUCAGAAGCUGGUCUGAAUAUCAUUGUAAAUCACGGACACGACAGACAUUCUAUUUUUCUUCCCAACGACAACUCGACGUUAGAAGACCUUGCAAACAGUAUUGAAGUUGUCACCGGAGUGCCACCCAUCAAUCAGAAAAUCAUCUUCAAAGGCAGGUCGCUUACACUGUCUGAUGAAAUGCUAUCCAGCGUUGGAAUCUUUAACAAUAGCAAGAUAAUGAUCAUAGGCAAAAAGUAUUGCGAGGAUGAUGAAAAACACCUGAAUGUGAUGAAGGCAGUCGAUAAGAAGUUCCAACAGAUGAACGAGAAGUUUAAUGAAGUGGCCAAACAGUUUCAAGAUUUGCAAAAUGGAUUCGUUGGAGAGGACCUACACAAAGAACUGAAACAGCAGCUAGUGAAGCAGCUGAUGGUGACGUCACAGCAGCUGAUGACGUCACUGGAGCAGCUGGAUUCGUUGAUGCUCGCUGGUUCGGCGUCCGAGGUUCAGUCGUUCAGGAAGAAAACAGUCAACCAAAUCAACAGUCUCCUAACAAAGAUAGACUCGUUGCAGGAGUCAGUUGAAAAAUUUUCAUGAUGGUGGUGUGGUCGUGUGUCGUUGUCGUCAUAAUCAUCGUGUGGUGGUGUGGUGCUUGUCGCUUUGUCGUCGUCGUCGUCACCAUCAUCAUCAUUUUUAACUUUAACAUCAUUUUAUCACCAUCAAUCAUCAUUAUUAUUAUUAUUAUUAGUGAUGAUGAGGAUAAUAUCAAAUGGUAACAUCUGUGUUGUGUUUGCGUGCGUGUGUGGUUUGUGUGUGUUUAAUAUUGUUAAAGGUUUAAUGACGUCAUUGCUAUCAAUAAUAUUGUUGGAAAUGUCCUUGGUUAGAAAUUUUGUUCGCUUCUUAUUUAUUCAUAGGUAUCAAUCAAUCAAUCAAUCAGUCAAUCAAUUUAUCAAUCAAUCAAUUAGUUUAUUAAACGCUAUUUCCACGAUGUUCAACAGCCAACAGCGCUCCUCAAUGAAUUCUGCUAACAGAUGGGUCUUGAGAUCCGUUCUGAAAUUCGUUUUAGUUGGGUAAAAAUUGUUAUCUUGAAAAGU